AAGAGGCAAAAUCAAAAUAGCACUGAGGGAGAGCAUAUUUGACUGGGAGGAGAUAAAAGAGAAGUUAGAGUCAAGAAAAAGAUACCUUUCAGAAUUUCAAGUGAUAGAAAUUAAAGCAACAGAAUUCCAUUCGUUACGAAAUGGAGCGACGCCUUCCAUGCUGAGGAAGAAGAUACGGGCAAAUCUAGAAGGUGAAGUUACACACAUUAAGAAAGAGAGUAGCUUACCUCCUCAUCGUCAGUCCCUGUCUAGAAAUGAUGGUGCUUUAAACGGAGGUGACGUCACUUUAACUAAGAAACAAUUGAGCUUACCUUAUGGUCACCAGUCCCAGCCUACACAUGAGGGUGGUGCUUUGAAGGGAGGUGACGUCACUUUAACUGACAAACAAUUGAGCUUAUCUUCUGGUCAUCAGUUCCAGUCUACACAUGAGGGUGGUGCUUUGAAGAGAGGCGACGUCACUUCAACUGACAGACAAUUGAGCUUACCUUCUGACCAUCAGUCCCAGCCUACACACGAGGGUGGUGCUUUGAAGGGAGGUGACGUCACUUCAACUGACAAACAAUUGAGCUUAUCUUCUGGUCAUCAGUUCCAGUCUACACACGAGGGUGGUGCUUUGAAGAGAGGCGAUGUCACUUCAACUGACAGAAAAUUGAGCUUACCUUCUGACCAUCAGUCCCAGCCUACACACGAGGGUGGUGUUUUGAAGGGAGGUGAGGUCACUUCAACUGACAGACAAUUGAGCUUACCUUCUGACCAUCGGUCCCAGCCUACACACGAGGGUGGUGCUUUGAAGAGAGGUGACGUCACUUUAACUGACAGACAGUUGAGCUUACCUUCUGACCAUCAGUCCCAGCCUACACACGAGGGUGACUUGAAGAGAGGUAAGAGAGGUGAGGUCACUUCAACUGACAGACAAUUGAGCUUACCUUCUGACCAUCGGUCCCAGCCUACACACGAGGGUGGUGCUUUGAAGAGAGGUGACGUCACUUUAACUGACAGACAGUUGAGCUUACCUUCUGGCCAUCGGUCCCAGCCUACACACGAGGGUGACUUGAAGAGAGGUAAGAGAGGUGAGGUCACUUCAACUGACAGACAAUUGAGCUUACCUUCUGACCAUCAGUCCCAGCCUACACACGAGGGUGGUGCUUUGAAGAGAGGUGACGUCACUUUAACUGACAGACAGUUGAGCUUACCUUCUGGCCAUCAGUCCCAGCCUACACACAAGGGUGAUUUGAAGAGAGGUGACGUCACUUUAACUGACAAGCAAUUGAGCUCCCCUCCUUCUGAUCAGCCCCAUACUAAACAAAAGGGUACGGCGAAGGAAGGUGAUGGCGCCCUAACUAGCGAACAACUAACAGCGCCUCCUCACCCAGAUAACCUCCGUGACAAAGUCAUCAUCUUUAAGACCUUUUCCCUGGCAGGACAGGAGUCUGAUAUAGCAGAUGCCUUGAAAAAGGACAGAAUUAGAAUAGGACUCAAGCAAAACACAUACAACUGGGAGGAGAUAGAGGAGACAUUAUUGUCAAGCAAAAGAUACCUCUCAGAAUUUCAAGUAAUAAACGUAACAACGACGGUACUCCAUUCCAUUCAGAAUGGCGAGGCAGUUUCCACGCUGACCGAAAAAGUACCAGGAAUUCUAGCCUAUGUGCAGAUCAAAAGUGAUUUUCAUACCACCGUCGAAAGAGCGACUUCGGAGCCGCCUGCCACCAGUUCAAUGAAGUACAAACCACCAGGAUAUCGUACUAAUGCGACGUUUUCAGAAUUAUUGCAAUACUGGGACACCGAUUCUGUCAGGAGCACGAAUAAUGAACUAUUAGCGAACCUUGACACCAGUCAGGAGGAAGGCGAAUCUUUCACUGAGAUAGACUGAAAUUGGAGGGCUUUUAGAUCCGAUGCAAAUUCAUAUGGAGAAGGCAGAGGGGACAAGAUAAAAAUGGCCAUAAGAAGGAAAAUAUGAAAAUAUCAAGGUUAAAUUGCAGUUGAUUUGAUGCCCAAGCGCUUGUAAAGUAUUUCAUAUAGUAUUGGUGAUAUUACAAUUUUUUAAACUACUACUCAUACAAAGUAAUGACAUUCCGCUUCUUGGUGGCAUUGAUCUCUGUCUCAUGAAGUUUACAUUUUUGUGUCUGUUUAUUUAUUAUACUUUGUAACCCGAAGAAGUGCCCGUAAUAAACGAAACCACUUGGUA